AUGUCACAAUUUGUUUCUUCACCAAGUAGAAUCCCGUCGGAUGCUGCUCAUUUAUUACAUUCUACUUCCUCAGCUCGAGAUAUAUCGACUCCAGAACCUACUGCUAUUACACCUGGUAAAAGGAGACAAAUUAAUGUCACAAAAGUUGUCGAUGUAACUGGUGAAAAAGUUCGUGAAAGUUUUGAAAGUUUCCUCGAAGAAUAUGUUGAAGAAAAUGGUGAUGGGGAUGGUAAAAUAAUAUAUCUUCAACAAAUAGAUAAUAUGAAAACAUAUGAAAAAUCUACAAUUUAUAUAAAUUAUCAACAUUUAUUAUCAAGAGAAAAUGGAGUUUUAGCCAGUGCUAUAAUGGAACAAUAUUAUCGUUUUUUACCAUUCUUAAUAAAGGGUCUCAAAAGGAUUAUCAAAAAACAUGCUCCAAGUUUAUUACAAACGAAUAUCCUAACUGAAGAAGAAAAUGGAGAUCGUGUUUUCCAAAUUUCAUUUUAUAAUUUACCAACAGUUCAAAGAAUUAGAGAUGUGAGAUCAAAUAAAAUUGGUUCAUUAAUGUGUAUUUCUGGAACUGUUACUAGAACUUCAGAAGUUAGACCCGAAUUAUAUCUUGGUACAUUUACUUGUGAUUUAUGUUCUGCUUUAAUUGAAGGUGUUGAACAAGUUUUUAAAUAUACUGAACCAACUUCAUGUCCAUCAUGUGAAAAUCAAUCAUAUUUUACAUUAAAUACUGAAAAAUCACAAUUUACAGAUUGGCAAAAAGUUAGAAUUCAAGAAAAUUCAAAUGAAAUUCCAACAGGUUCAAUGCCUAGAACUUUAGAUAUUUUACUUCGUGGUGAUAUAACUGAAAAUUGUAAACCUGGUGAUAAAGCUAAAUUUACUGGGUAUGAAAUUGUUAUACCAGAUUUAACACAAUUGGGAUUACCUGGUGUAAAACCACAAAGUGUAAAGGAGUCUGGAGUCACUGGUUUAAGAAAUUUAGGUGUUAGAGAUUUAACCUAUAAAUUAGCUUUUAAUGCUUGUCAUGCAUCAUCAAAGAAUGAAGAACGUAGAGGUCAAGAAAAUUUUUUAACAUCAUUAACAGAUUUAGAAGUUUCACAAUUAAAAGAAAUGGUUAAAGAUGAUCAUAUUUAUGAUAAAUUAGUUCAAUCAAUUGCACCUGCUGUAUUUGGUCAUGAAGUAAUUAAAAAGGGAAUAUUAUUACAAUUAUUAGGUGGUGUUCAUAAGAAAACAGUUGAUGGAAUAAAUUUAAGAGGUGAUAUUAAUAUUUGUAUUGUUGGGGAUCCAUCAACUGCAAAAUCUCAAUUUUUAAAAUAUGUUACUGGAUUUUCACCAAGAGCAAUUUAUACAUCUGGUAAAGCAUCAACGGCUGCUGGUUUAACAGCUGCAGUUGUUAGAGAUGAAGAAAGUGGGGAAUUUACUAUCGAAGCAGGUGCUUUAAUGUUGGCUGAUAAUGGUAUAUGUGCAAUUGAUGAAUUUGAUAAAAUGAAUAUCUCAGAUCAAGUUGCAAUUCAUGAAGCUAUGGAACAACAAACAAUUUCCAUUGCAAAAGCAGGUAUACAUGCAACUUUAAAUGCAAGAACUUCUAUAUUAGCAGCUGCAAAUCCUAUAAGUGGUAGAUAUAAUAGAAAAGUUGGACUUAGAGCAAAUUUAAAUAUGACAGCUCCAAUUAUGUCAAGAUUUGAUUUAUUUUUUGUUAUAUUAGACGAUUGUAAUGAAAGAAUUGAUACACAAAUUGCUUCACAUAUUGUUGAUUUACAUAUGCUACAAGAUGAUGCAAUUGAUCCACCAUAUUCAGCUGAACAAUUAUUAGGAUAUAUUAGAUAUGCACAGACUUUUAAACCAAAAAUGACAAAAGAGUCAAGAGAUUUUUUAGUUGCAAGAUAUAAAGAAUUGAGAGAAGAUGAUUCACAAGGUCUUGGUAGAUCUUCAUAUAGGAUUACAGUUAGACAAUUGGAAUCAAUGAUUAGAUUAUCAGAAGCAAUUGCAAGAGCAAAUUGUACUGAUGAAAUUACUCCAAGUUUCGUAGCUGAAGCUUAUGAUUUAUUAAGACAAUCUAUUAUAAGAGUAGAAAAAGAUGAUAUUGAAGUUGAACCAGAAGAACAAAUUCUGAUAACUUAUGAUAAAUAUGUUCUGAUUAUGAAUUUAAUUGUGAAAAAGAUUGAUGAUGAUGGAUUGACAGCUGAAGAAUUGGUCGAUUGGUAUUUAUUACAAAAAGAAGAUGAAUUAAAUAGCGAACUGGAAUAUAUUCAUGAGAGGAAAUUAACAUUUAAAGUGUUGAAAAGAUUAGUCAAAGAUAGAAUAUUAAUGAGUGUAACGGAAGGUGAAAAAGUGGUUUAUAUUUUACAUCCAAAUUGUAGUAUAUUAGAUUUGUAUAGUUAA